CAGAUUGUCAGCAUGCUCCGCGCGAGCCGCCACUUGCUACCGACGCGCCGGUCCGCGCUUCUCGCGCGCGCCGCCACGAGCCGCCUCUUCUCGGAUGCCCCCCAUGCCAACGACCGCGUCUUUGUCAUGUCCAACGACACGACGUCGCACCAGUCGCCCGUGCUCCUCGGCCUCAUGAAUACGCUCUCGGUCAAGUACCCGUCCGUGGGCUACUUCCGACCGAUCGCGCCCAACAAGGACCCGCGCGUGUCCGACCACCACGUCGAAGUCAUGAAGUCCGAGUUCAAGCUCCCGGAGGAGAAGGACCAGCUCGUCGGUCUCUACAACGACGAUGUGGUCCAAGCCCGCUUGAAGGGCGACCUCGACUCGGUCACCGAUACGAUCAUCUCCAAGUUUGAAGCCCUUCGCGCCAAGCACGAUUUUGUGGUCAUCGAAGGCGCCAUGUUCGAGUCGGCGCCCGACCUUGCAUGGGACAUCAACGUGGAGCUGGCCAAGACGCUCGGUGCUCCCGUGCUGUUAACAAACGAUCUCGCGGAUGUCGAAGCGGAUGAGAGUCUCUCGGAGGACGAGCGCACGAAGAAGCUCGUCGACACGAUCGUGACGCGUGUGCUCCUCGCCAAGGACGCGGUCCAGGACGCCGGGCUGACGUACGUGGGCUCGAUCGCCAACCGUGUGCACACGAAAGAUCCGAUCGAGAUUCGGAAGCGCGUGCAGGCCAUCUUGGCCGAGAAGGGCGAGACGAACUCGAUCUUCCAUGGCGCGCUCCCCCUCGACUCGAUUCUCGCGUCCAAGCGCCUGAACGAAGUCGUGGACCAGCUCCACGCAACGCAGCUCUACGGCCCACCGUCGCCCAACAGCGUCGUCGUCACCGACGGCUUUGUGGGGACGAGCGACCUCAAGGACCUCUUUGGCCACAUGAAGAAGCACGACGAUGGUCUUCUUGUCAUUGUUUCGGCCGAUCGCACAGACGUCAUGCUGGGCUUGCUUGUGAGUAAGCUCUCGGGCGCGUUGCCGAACGUCGCGGCGGUCAUUUUGACCAACGGCAAGUUCCCCCAGGACCACGUCAAGGAAAUUCUCGAAGGCAUGGCCAAGAUUGAUAACGCGACGAUCCCAAUUUACACGGUCGAAGGCGACUCGUACAAGACGGCGAACGCGCUGAGCCGCGUCACGUGCGAUAUUCUGCCCACGAGCCAGACCAAGAUCCAGCAGUCGUAUAUUCUGUUUGACAAGUAUGUGGCCCGCGACUCGGUUGUCGGUGGUGUCUCGAAAGAGAUGAGCACGAAGCGGACGCCCAAGCAGUUCAAGCACUUUCUCUUUUCCAAGGCGCGCAAGGUCCAGCAGCACAUUGUGCUCACCGAAGGCGAAGACGACCGCAUUCUCCAGGCUGCCGACGAGGUCCUCCGGCGCGACAUUGCCAAGCUCACGAUCCUCGGCGACGUCGAAUCGAUCGCGGCACGCGCCAAGACGCUCCGACUCGACUUGUCGGCGGCAUCCAUCGUGGACCCGUCCAAGUCUGCCGACCUCGAUAUGUAUGCCGAUCGCUUCUACGAGAAGCGCAAGAUCAAGGGUGUCUCUCGUGAAGUGGCCCGCGAGUCGGCUGCGGAAGCGACGUGCUAUGGUACGCUCAUGGUCGAGAUGGGUCUCGCCGACGGCAUGGUCUCGGGUGCAUGCCACACGACAGCCAACACGGUGCGCCCGGCGCUCCAGCUCAUCAAGACGCGCCCCGACCGCCCGCUGGUCUCGAGCGUCUUUUUCAUGUGCUUGGAUCAUGAUGUCGUGCUCUACGGUGACUGCGCGAUCAACACGGACCCGACGGCCGAGGACCUGGCCAACAUCGCGGUACAGAGUGCUGAAUCGGCGAUUGCGUUCGGCAUGGAGCCCCGCGUCGCGCUGCUCUCGUACGCAACCGGCGACUCGAACAAGGGUCCGAUCAUCGACAAGGUGCGGGAAGCCACCAAGCUCGCGCAAAAGAUGGCGCCCGAGAUUCCCAUGUACGGCCCGAUCCAGUACGACGCGGCCAUGAACCCGCUCAUCGCCAAGCAAAAGGUCAAGGGCCUCAAGAAGACCGAGAUGGAGGUCGCGGGCAACGCCAACGUGCUCAUCUUCCCGGACCUCAACACGGGCAACAACACGUACAAGGCGGUGCAGCAGUCGACCAACUGCCUCGCGAUGGGUCCGAUGCUGCAGGGGCUCAACAAACCCGUCAACGACCUCAGCCGCGGCGCCACGGUCGGCGACAUUGUCACCACGAUCGCCAUCACGGCGAUCCAGGCCGAUCAGAUGAACGAAGCGGCCAAGCCUUAAGGAACAACGCCCGGCACAUCGCCUAGAGCUAGUCCAGUUAGACGUUGUGAGUGCUAUCUAACUAAAAGAUCCCAUCUGUAAGUAC